CUCAAUACCCUAAAGCCUCUAAACUCUCUGAAGCUAAAGCUAAAGCAAGUAGUAUUUCUAAUAUUGACUUUGAUACUUUAUUAAAAAAAGAAUCACAAAGUCAAACAGGAUUAUUAAGAAUUUUAGAAUCUGCAAUUAUUAGAAAUUCAUCAAAUAUAAUAAGUCUUGAUAGUAAAAAUAUUGAUGCAGAUAAUAAAGAAUAUUUGGAAAGUAGAUCUUCUGUAAAACAAGGGGAAAUAAGAACUAGAGAAAAAACAGAAGAGGUUCAAGCUCAAGCAGAAGAUAAUAAUGAUAAUAAUGAUCUUUAUGAUCCU